CUCCGUUACCCGGCUGCCUUUGUGGGCGGGCUGUUACGCACUUCCGGUGAAGCUCGAAGCGAGGGGGUGGAGCGUCCAGCGCCGGAGGGGCGGCAGAGGCGGCGCAGCCGGCGGCUGGGUGCUGUCCGGGGCGGCUGGACAUCGUUAGGGCAGCGAGUGGGGACCGGUUGGGCCGCCCUUCGCGUGGGACGCAGCUGCGACUCCUCUUGGCCUGCCACCUCGCCUUGAUGUCGGCGCUGGAGAAGAGCAUGCACCUCGGCCGUCUGCCUUCUCGCCCUCCGCUCCCGGGCGGCGGGGGCAGUCAGAGCGGAGCCAAGAUGCGGAUGGGCCCUGGAAGAAAGCGAGACUUUUCCCCUGUUCCUUGGAGUCAGUACUUUGAGUCCGUGGAAGAUGUAGAAGUAGAGAAUGAAACUGGCAAAGAUACUUUCCGAGUUUACAAGAGUGGUUCUGAGGGCCCAGUCCUGCUGCUCCUGCAUGGAGGAGGCCAUUCUGCCCUGUCCUGGGCUGUAUUCACAGCAGCAAUCAUUAGUAGAGUUCAGUGUAGGAUUGUGGCUCUGGAUCUGCGAAGUCAUGGUGAAACCAAAGUGAAGAAUUCUGAAGACUUGUCUGCAGAAACAAUGGCAAAAGAUGUUGGUAAUGUGGUUGAAGCCAUGUAUGGGGACCUCCCUCCUCCAAUUAUGCUGAUUGGACAUAGCAUGGGUGGUGCCAUUGCUGUCCAUACAGCAUCGUCCAACCUUGUGCCAAGUCUCCUUGGUCUGUGCAUGAUUGAUGUUGUGGAAGGUACAGCCAUGGAUGCACUUAAUAGCAUGCAGAAUUUCUUACGUGGCCGUCCUAAAACCUUCAAAUCUUUGGAGAAUGCUAUUGAAUGGAGUGUGAAGAGUGGCCAAAUCCGAAAUCUGGAAUCUGCUCGUGUCUCCAUGGUUGGCCAAGUCAAACAAUGUGAAGGAAUUACAAGUCCAGAAGGCUCAAAGUCUAUAGUGGAAGGAAUUAUAGAGGAAGAAGAAGAAGAUGAAGAAGGAAGUGAGUCAGUAAAUAAGAGGAAAAAGGAAGACGACAUGGAGGGUUGCCCUCAAGAGACUCAGAACCUGCUCUUAUUCCUCCAGACCAAGAAAGACCAUCCGUACACCUGGAGAAUUGAACUGGCAAAAACAGAAAAGUACUGGGAUGGCUGGUUCCGAGGCUUAUCCAAUCUCUUUCUUAGUUGUCCUAUUCCUAAAUUGCUGCUCUUGGCUGGUGUUGAUAGGUUGGAUAAAGAUCUGACCAUUGGCCAGAUGCAAGGGAAGUUCCAGAUGCAGGUCCUACCCCAGUGUGGACACGCAGUCCAUGAGGAUGCCCCUGAAAAGGUAGCUGAAGCUGUUGCUACUUUCUUGAUCCGGCAUAGGUUUGCAGAGCCCAUCGGAGGAUUCCAGUGUGUGUUUCCUGGCUGUUAGUGACCUGCUAAGCUUCCUGUCCCUCAGCAUCGAGCUCUGUUGUAAAUAAGUCGCACCAGAGGCCACUGUGAUGCCGCUGUCUCCUCGCCAUCCUAUCCUGACCGCCAUGUGACACCGGCCCCCUGUAGACGGGCAUCCCUGUUUUGUGUAUUCCUGCCAAAAGCAUUGAUUUCCAGGGGCCCCAGCUCUUUCUUCCUCUCUGUACAGGGGCCACCCCUGUCCUGCCUAGGAUGAAGCUUCCAGAGCUGCUAGCCCUGGACCCUGUUUCUAGCAUCAGACAGUGCACCUGAGUCCACAUGUCUCCCUGGACUCAGGGCUCUCCAUUCCUCGAGCCUGUUCUUGGCAUGGACUUGCCCUUCAUCCUUGGGUAGAAAAUACACAAGGUGGUUCUUACUUUCCCCUUUGAAGUAAAUUACCAGUCAGGUACCUUUUUAUGCCAGUCUUAACACUUCCAGGUUUAGAAGACCCAGAGUUCCAUCUUUAGGUACACGGUGGGGUUGUGGAUUGCAUCAUAGAAAACCAGCCUGAAAGUCAGGCCGGCAAGUCCAAGCACAUGGCCUCCCACUGGGAGAGCCCCGUCUUACCCCCCUUACCUGGACACCUGCCAGGUACAGCCACAGGCUGAAGCCUGUGGAAUUGUUUUUUAAUAAAUUUAACCAUUUCCAGUUAUUUCCUGGAAGUGUGCGGAGUGCCCGCUUGCCUCUUCUAGACCACAGUCUUUUGUGGCCGUAUGUGGUUUCUGUCACUCUACAUUAAAGAACAUUACAGCCCAGCAUUUCCAGUUUUGUCCUCGUCACAGCACUUGGCCUCCCUUGCUGCCCAGGCACAGUUUCCUAGGGCAGGAAGGGCAGGCUCCUGACGCCCAUCUGUUCUGUGCCUGUGUUAAGUGAUGUGUAGCCCUUUCCAUCAACAACUUCCUACUUUGUCCUGCUACACGGUCUAGAGUCUGGAAUUUACUUUGUUAUUUAUGACCUUGUUUAAAUAAAUACCUUCCAACCUUUA